CGAUCGAUUAUUGGAUUCGCAGUUGUGUGGAAUUAUUUCAACAGUUGUGCAGCAUUUGUUAUUUCCUUUAGGCAACACCAAUGGACGCAGAAACAAGAGAGAAGUCCGUUUACCUUUCCAAGUUGGCGGAACAAGCAGAAAGAUACGAUGAGAUGGUUCAAGAAAUGAGGAAAGUUGCUUCUCAAACCGACGAAAACACAACCGAACUUUCCGUUGAAGAGAGGAAUCUUUUGUCUGUUGCGUAUAAAAACGUUAUUGGCGCAAGAAGAGCUUCGUGGAGAAUUAUCUCUUCUAUCGAGCAAAAGGAGGAAAGUAAGGGGAAUCAAACUCACGUCGCUAUCAGCCGCGAGUAUAGAAAGCAAAUUGAAAGGGAGAUGUCCACUAUUUGCAAGGAUAUCCUAGGUAUUCUCGAUAAGAAUUUGAUUCCUUCUUCAAAGAACGGUGAAAGCAGAGUCUUUUACUACAAAAUGAAGGGAGACUACUAUCGAUAUUUAGCAGAAUUUUCGAGUGAUGAAGAUAGAAAGGGAGCAGCAGAGUCUUCUUUAGAGGCGUACAAAGCCGCGACUGAUAUUGCUUCAACAGACUUGGCUCCCACACAUCCUAUUAGGCUUGGAUUGGCCCUCAACUUUUCGGUCUUUUAUUAUGAGAUCAUGAAUUCUCCUGAUCGUGCUUGUCAGCUUGCCAAGCAAGCGUUUGAUGACGCCAUUGCAGAGUUGGAUACCUUGUCCGAGGAAAGCUAUAAGGACUCGACUCUUAUCAUGCAACUUUUGCGGGACAAUCUUACGUUAUGGACCUCGGAUAUGGGUGGAGAUGAAGAAGAAGGUGCCAAUUCUGCGGAAGGUGGCGAUGGCGCCAAAAAGUCAGAGUAGAAAAGUGAGGACGAGUACUUGUUAUCGCUCAGGUCGCUUGACAUGUCUUUCAAUAAAGAAACUUUCUGUGGAUGCUUUGGCUCAUUAUGUGAGCUCUUGUCUCUAGUUUUUAUAGUUAUCUUAGCACAGAGUUAUAGAAUACUGUUUGACCAAGUCGAAACUUGCAAAAUUUUCCUUUUGAUAGCAUAUUAGAAACCCAUCUGCUGUAGGAAGUUUUCGAUAAAACUUUCGUGGAACAUUGUAUACUUAUUGUUCUCCAAACUUCGUCUAGAAACCUUUUAAGAAGACUUGGCGCGAAAGUAUAGGAAGAAUGUUUGUUCGAUCAAUUGUUGUAUUCGAUGACCUUCCGACUCUUUCCUACAACAUCUCGGAGUACUUGGUUUCUCGUCGUGUUGUGCUUGUCAAUAGCACUUGUCGUUGGUUCGGUAUUGGAGAUUAAGAGUAAUCGUUAGCUUAUUGACGCACACAGUCGCUGAUAAACAGUUGUAGGGAAGAACUAUCGCCUAACAACUUCUUCAAUACUUAGUUCCGUUUUGAGUUUUCUGUUACCUUCUUGUACCUUAGUUGCGACAACUUGCCCUUUAAGACCCAUUAGACCCCUGAAUCCAGAAAGUCCUAUUCUGUAAGUAUUGUUAAGAUCCUUGUUCGAAAUUUUG